ACCAACUUGAUGUGCUAACACCGACUACGCCGCACCGCAACGAGGAGGUUACAGCCACACACAUUAUGGGGAAGAAACAGAAAAAUAAGGGAGAUGACGGUGCCAAAGACGACGGCGUUGACAUUGACGCACUUGCGGCAGAGAUUGAGGGAGCGGGAGCAAGCAAGGAGCAGAGCAAAGCAAAGAGCAAGAAGAAGAAAGUAAAGAAGGACGACUUUGAUGAGGAAGACAUCCUUAAAGAACUGGAGGAGCUGUCAAUAGAAAACCAAGGAGAAAAGUCUAAAGAAACAGCAAAGAAAUCAGAUUCAGUAGAGGACAUUGAACCAGAGCCCCCUCUGAAUAAGGCAGACAAGAAGAAGGCCAAGAAGAGUAAGAAGGUGAACUUUGAUGAUGAGGAGGUUGAUGAAGAUCAGGGUCAGAACAACAUGGAAAACGACCACAGGACGAAAGAUAAGAAGGCGGUGGAGACUCCCGCUGCUGCUGGUCCUGCUUCAGACUCUGAGGACGAGGGCUUGCAGUCAUGGCGGAAGUCCAAGGCCAAGAAGGAUGGCGGCCGAAAGGGUAUGUCUGACUCGGAGGAGGACGAUGAAGAUAGUAGUGCGAAAAAGGGUGGAGGAGGAGUGGGUGACAACAACGAAUCGGACGAUGAUUCUCAAACCGCACGCAAGAAAAAGAAUAGUAAAGCGAAAGCCAAGCAGGACAGCGAUGAAGAGGAAGGAGAAGUGACCUUCAAGAUGAAGACGGCGGCGCAGAAGAAAGCAGAGAAAAAAGAGAGGGAGAAGAAGAAGAAAGAGGAGGAGAGGGCCAAGAUGAGGGCCAAGAAAGAGAAAGAGGAAGAGGCCGCAAAGAAGGAGGGAGGGAAACCAGCUGCCACACCUUCAAUAGAGAGCAAAAUAGUUGAGGCAUCAGAAUCGGUGGAACAGGAUGGAGCUGAUGUCCAGGGAGAAGAAGAGGGUGAUGGGGACAAAAAGAAAAAAGACAAGAAGAAGAAGAAAGGAGAGAAAGAGGAGAAAGAGAAGAAAAAGGGGCCAAGCAAAGCCGCAGUGAAAGCCAUGCAGGAAGCACUGGCCAAAAUGAAAGAAGAGGAGGAACGAGCCAAAAGAGAAGAGGAGGAGAGACAGAGGCGACUGGAGGAGCUUGAAGCUCAAAGACUGGAACAGGAGCGUCUAGAGGCUGAAAGGAGGGAGAAGAAGAAACAGAAGGAUAAGGAACGAAAAGAGAGACUGAAGAAGGAGGGAAAGCUCCUCACCAAGGCCCAGAAAGAGGCUCGAGCCAGAGCAGAAGCCACACUGCGAGCGCUGCAGGCUCAGGGUGUUGAAGUGCCAUCAAAAGAUGCAAUGCCAAAGAAGAAGCCUGUUUACUCUGAUAAGAGAAAAAAGAAGCAAACAGCACAAACUCCUGAAGAAACGUCAGAGGUGGCAUCACCCACAUCAGAGACACCUCAGCCAGUUACAGCAAAGAUGGAAGUGGAGCAGCCUAAAGUAGAGCCAGUCAAGGAGCCAAAGGCAGAGACUGCUUUGGAUGACUGGGAGGCAAUGGCCAGCGACGAAGAGAAAGAGAUGAAGAAGGUUCACAUCGAGGUCAAGGAAACCACUACAACUACACAAAAACCCACUCAAGACCAAGAGAAUGGCAGUGAGGAGGACGAAGAGGAAGAGGAGGAUGAAGAGGAAGAGGAGGAUGAAGAGGAAGAUGAGAGUGAGGAAGAGGAGGAGGAGGAGGAGGAGGUGAAAGACAGCAGCAACAAGACGGCACCAAACAAAGCAAGAAAAGAACCGAGCUCAGAGUCGAGUAGCGAGAGCGAUUCAGAUGAUGAUCGAAGCAAAGAGGAGAAACUUUAUGACAAGGCCAAGAGACGCAUAGAGAAACGGAAGCAGGAAAACCUAAAGAACAUUAACCUGGACAAGCUCCGAUCUCCUGUAGUUUGUGUACUGGGCCAUGUGGACACUGGAAAAACCAAAAUCCUGGAUAAGCUGAGACACACACAUGUUCAGGAUGGUGAAGCUGGUGGUAUCACACAGCAGAUCGGUGCCACGAACGUUCCACUGGAAACCAUUAUUGAACAGACCAAGAUGGUGAAAAACUUUGACAGGGAGAGUGUAAAGGUUCCUGGGAUGCUCAUCAUUGAUACACCUGGUCACGAGUCCUUCAGUAAUCUGAGGAACAGGGGCAGUUCUCUGUGUGACAUUGCCAUCCUGGUGGUGGAUAUCAUGCACGGUCUUGAGCCGCAGACGCUGGAGUCCAUCAACCUGCUGAAGGAGAAAAAAUGCCCCUUCAUAGUAGCACUUAACAAGAUUGACCGUCUGUAUGACUGGAAGAGGAGUCCAGACACAGAUGUGGUGGCAACACUAAAGAAACAAAAGAAGAACACUAAGGAUGAGUUUGAUGAGAGGGUUAAAUCCAUCAUCGUAGAGUUUGCUCAGCAGGGUCUUAAUGCUGCCUUGUUCCAUGAGAAUAAAGACCCUCGUACAUUUGUAUCCCUUGUUCCCACCUCGGCCCACUCAGGCGAUGGGAUGGGGAACCUCAUCGCCCUCCUGGUUGAACUCACUCAGAACAUGCUGGUCCGCAGACUGGCCCAGUGUGAUGAGCUCCGGGCCCAGGUCAUGGAGGUAAAAGCUCUGCCUGGCAUGGGUACUACAAUAGACGUGAUUCUGAUCAACGGCCGCCUGCAGGAGGGUGAUACCAUUAUUGUCCCUGGUGUGGACGGACCAAUCGUCACUCAGAUCAGAGGGUUGCUCCUGCCACCACCGCUCAAAGAGCUCAGAGUAAAGAAUCAGUAUGAGAAGCAUAAGGAGGUGUCCACGGCUCAGGGGGUGAAGAUCCUGGGGAAAGAUCUGGAGAAAACGCUGGCAGGUCUGCCCCUCCUUGUCGCCCAUAAAGAGGAUGAAAUACCAGUGCUAAAGGAUGAGUUGAUCCGUGAACUGAAACAGACGCUGAAUGCCAUAAAACUGGAGGAGAAGGGUGUGUAUGUCCAGGCCUCCACCCUUGGCUCUCUAGAGGCUCUUCUGGAGUUCUUGCGUACAUCAAAAGUGCCUUAUGCUGGCAUCAACAUUGGUCCCGUCCACAGGAAAGAUGUGAUGAAAGCAUCCACUAUGUUGGAACAUGACCCACAGUAUGCAGUGAUCCUGGCAUUUGAUGUUAAAAUAGAGAGAGAUUCUCAGGAGAUGGCUGACAGUCUUGGUGUGCGCAUUUUCAGUGCUGAGAUCAUCUACCAUCUGUUUGAUGCCUUCACCAAGUACCGAGAAGACUACAAGAAACAAAAGCAAGAUGAAUUCAAGCACAUAGCCGUGUUCCCCUGUAAGCUGCGUAUAUUGCCCCAGUUCAUCUUUAACUCCAGAGAUCCCAUUGUCAUGGGCAUAACUGUGGAGGCUGGAGUGUUGAAAACGGGCACUCCACUGUGUGUGCCCAGCAAAGGGUUUGUAGAUAUUGGUAUUGUGACCAGUAUAGAAGUAAAUCAUAAGUCUGUAGAUACCGCUAAGAAAGGACAGGAGAUCUGUGUGAAAAUAGAGCCGAUUCCUGGAGAAUCACCCAAGAUGUACGGCCGACACUUUGAAGCUGUAGACAUCAUUGUUAGCAAGAUUACCCGUCAGUCAAUCGACGCGCUGAAGAACUGGUUCAGAGACGAGAUGCAGAAAUCAGACUGGCAAUUAAUCAUGGAACUGAAGAAAACCUUUGAAAUCAUCUGAACACAUCAGUGACUGUGACUGAUCUUAGAUAUCAAAUGACCCCCUGCACACACAUCAUAUACACACUAUAUGUUGUACACUCCUGAAAUCAUCUGCGAUCACAGAGUCAUCAGUGUUCAUACGUUUAAAGACAUUUUUACACACAUAUCCUUGCACAGUCCUGCACCGAGGAAUAGUUUCUUGUGUGUGUGCGUGGGGGUGAAUAUUCACAACACACUCCCCUUUUCCUCUCCAACUCUUUUUGGGUGGUGGGGAGUGUUUAAAAAAAUUGAAAAAUAGAAAAGUGUAAAAAAGGAAGGGGGGAAAAAAAGUUUUUCUGUGAGAAACUGAAUCUAUUCCCACUGUUUUAAACAGUGACAAAUGCUAGAAAAUGUUAAGACAACCUUUGCAACUAUUCCAAACGUGCCUGUUCUCUCUUAUUAAUCGAUUUUUCUUUCAUUUCAUGUAUUGCCCCUCUCAAAGUUCACUGUAAGGCUGGAUUGAACUUGAGCUGCUGAUUUGGACCUGCGGUCUGGUCUUAGAUGUGGGCUGAGGUUUAAAACUAAGGGUAUAAAACUUUCACGGAUAACUACAGGAGGCUGAGUUUUUAGGAUUUUAGAUAAACAAUUAUUACCAUGUCAGUAUUUUCAUUUUCGCUGCAGAGUUCUUAAAUGGGUUUUUUUAAAAUUAGACUCCACCCUUAUCCUCCUCCCAGCCAGAGACUGUCCCUCUCUCUCCUCCUCUUCCAUUUUGGGGUUUCCUUUGUAUCCCCUGAUACCUUUACCCAGAGUGUGUCGACUUGGAAUAAAGGCAUCUUUUACAUAUUUUGAAUCAGAAAUGUAAGAUUGAUAAAAUCAUCAACAAUAAAAAGAUGGCCUAUU